AAAUCAAAAGAUGAACAGAACGUCAUUUGAAGAGGACACCAUCGAAUCUUGUGUUUGUCUUCAUUUAUUCCCUCUAGUACGUAUUGUGAGUAACCCCUCAGUUCCUUAUUCUUACCCUUUGCCAGAAAUUCAAACUUCUCAGUGGAUUUUGGAGAAUUCAUUAUCUAUGGCCAUUUUUAUUAAAACCUACUUUGAAUUGUAUUUACUUUGUUUGAUUGAAUAAAUUGUAGAUUUUUUCAAAAUUUGUUUGAGCAUAUGAAAAGCUCAUCUCCUGCAUGAGAAGAGGAGUUUCUACCAACCAUCACGACUUCAUAGAAGAUUUUUAAAACUUAUUUCGUAGUUGUUUGGCAAAAAAAGUCACCUAACAUGAAUAAAAAUUUUAAGUCUUUAUUUUCAAAACAAUUUAAGCUUAAACUUAAUUCAGAUAAUUGACCUAGAGAACUCAUGUUCAUUAAUUUUGAAUCAAUAUUUUGAUUGAUUUAUUGAUAAUUUUUCCUUCAUUCCUUUUGCUGUGCCAGACAUGAAGUAAAAGCCAUCUCCGAGUUCAACAGAAGAGGAUUUGCAUCAAAAACUCACCAUCAUCAUGCUUCUGAAACCUACCCAGGAGGUUUCAAUCAAGAGGAAAAUUUUCAUUCUCAGAAUACCAUGCAUCUCGCAAGUCAACUCAAGUGUUUGGUUAUCAAAAUCGCCCCAUGGAGUCAUCAUCACAGGCCCCUUUACCAGGGCCUGGUGCAUUUCAGUGUGCUCCCAAGGAAGAGAUGGCUGCUGCUGCUGCUACAUCUCAUGGAAAAAAAUAUCUGAAUGCAUACCAGGACAGCAGCUCCUCUACUUCUUCUGACAGCUCUGAUUCAUCUGAUGAUAGCUAUGUUCCACCAAAGAAGUUACGGGCUUUUGCAUCCAGAACAACCCGUAGUAACCGGACUAAGAAAGAAGAACCCGUCCGCAGGUCAACAGAUUAUGAUAGCAUGCUUAGGUGUUUGAUGUGUCCUAAACGUUUCAAACGCUCCUGUGACUUAUCUCGUCAUGUUGCGUCUGAACAUUCAGAUAUUAAAAGUGAACCAGAAGAAGAGCAGGCAGAGGAUUCUGCAUGUGACGAAGAAAUUUUGGGUAACAAUGAAACAAAAGGUGACUCUGCCUCACUCUCCAUCAAUGAAAAUCUGAUGAAAGAGAGACCCAAACAAGCAAAUCAAGUAACAUGUAACAACUGUGACAGAAAGUUCAGAUCAAAGGAAGCACUGCAACGUCAUGUCACUGGAGAUCGUUGUAUCUUGAACUCUCCUUUGAUUCCUGGCAGUCCCAUUAACUUGAAUGUGUCUGAGGAUGGCAAUGACCAUAUUGAUGCUAGCAGCACUGAAGCUAGUACUGCUGCCGGAAAAGUAGCUGAUGAUGUUAAAAUUAAAGAGGAAGAUGAUUUUGAUGACAUGAAGGAUUCCGAUUACAGUGUGAGUAGUGAGGAGAGUUUCAAGAAAGAGAAGAAGGCACGUCCUGGGCCUAGCAAGGAGAAGCCAAUCUACAAAUGUGAGGUUUGUAACAAGCAGUUUAAAUUGAAAGAAAGUUACACAACUCACACUAGAAUUCACACUGGUGAGAAACCCUUUACAUGCCACAUGUGUGGUAAGCAAUUUUCCCAUUCAGGAGGCCUGUCAUAUCACCUUCGUCAUGUCCACAUGGGAAUCAAAGAGCACCCUUGUGAUAUUUGUGGAAGAAAAUUUGCAUUGAAAGCUGCAAUGCAAGACCAUAGACGCAUACAUACUGGUGAGAGACCAUAUGUUUGCGAUGUUUGUGGCAAAUCAUUCAAAAGUAAAGCAUCACUUUACAUUCACAGUAAAACUCACACUGAUCAAUAUCCUCAUCCAUGUGAAUACUGUAGCAAGAAAUUCAGAUGGCGCCAGCAGCUUUUGGGACAUCUUACUACGCACACAGGCGAAAAGAAGCAUCACUGCAAAAUAUGUAACAAGGGAUUUGGUGUUCGUAAUGAUUUGACUCGGCAUGAGCGUAUUCACUCAGGUCAGAAGCCAUUUAAAUGCUCUGUGUGUGGUCUUGCUUUCGGUCAAAAGCGAUACUUAAAGAAUCAUCUUAAAUCUCGUCAUGGAAUUCUUCGGUUGGAAAAUGUAGAAGCUACAAAUGAAUCAACAUUGUAAACUGCUCAUUAUGGCAUAUAUUACUUAAUGUCAUUGGCACUUGUCUCCAUAUUCACGUCGUGACUGCUUACAUUUUAUAGCGGGCUCAAACAUGGCAAUGUGCUCUAGGUUGACUUUUUAUUAAUUUUACAUUUAGUGCUUUUCUUAUACUGCCAACAUUUGAAAUAACUUGAGCUUUGGUCUCUUUUGUACUGUUAUCUAUUGAUUUAUGUGUUAGUUUUACCUUUUUUUUCCUUACGACAAAGUUCUUUAUGUUUCUGUUGAACAUUGAAUAGCAAUUUUGUUUUGGAAAUCAACACCAAACUUGAAGUUUUGGGGACGAGAUCUACAAAGUUCUACUUCGAAACGGCAUUGGUACUGGGUUUACAUGUUCUUAUAUUUAAAAAUUGACUAAACUUCAUCACUGUGUAUAUAUGCGCACGCGCGCGCGUGUUUGUGUGAAAUGGCUCAAAACUUUCGUGUUUAAUUACCUGUUUAGUAUUAGGAUGUUCGAAUUGUUUGAGAUUGGGCUAAUGGUCUUCCACCCAGAUUGAUAUGAAAAAUGUGCUAAUGUUUAUUCUUGGCAGAUUUGGAGGCCUGCCACAAGAAAUUGAUCUGUUUUGCUCUUCCACCUCCAUAGUUAAAUUAUGUUAUGAGCUUUUAACAAGAAAAUACUAAAGAAAUAUGAAGAGGAACUGUUGAAGAACACUUCCUUUGAAUAUUAGCUCAUUUGUGAUUACAAUUUGUUUGGAUAAGAUUUAAAGAGGGUUGUCAAUAUUUCAAGAGAAAGAUGCAUCAUAGAAGGGAUUUGCAUCACAUUUGUAACUUAGAGUAAUAUUUAUUUGCAGUCUCUUAAUGGUCAAAUGAGUUUCAUAAAAGCCACUGCCUAUUAUUUUCAUCUCAAACUAGGAAUUACCCAUUCUGUUUUCAAUGUGAAAGGUGCCUUUUGUAUGUCAAUUCCCAAAUCCAUGUUGUUUUCUUUUUAGGUCAAGUGUGUCAAAGCUUGAGCUAUCACUCGUAAAAUGUGUGAGGCUCUGUGUCUAAUGUGGUCAGAGGCCUAGGUUUGUUUUUAAUGGAAAAAAAGUUUAGGGAAGGGGUAUUUACAUUUUCUGAUUGUCAUGGAAUCUCUUGAUUUUAAUUUCAAUUCUAAAUUGGAAACCGUCCUAAGGAAUGCAAAGUAAUACUGAAACCUAAGUGCGUUGUUGAUAUUUUGCCAGAGUUUCUUAUUUUUCUUUUCCCCCUCUUGUAUAAGUCUGAACCUGAAAAAUGUACUUUAUGGGAAUCAGGCUGUUGUUCAGACAACUGAAGCUCAAAUUUCUUGUCUCCUUGAUUUCUGUUAUGAUAUGGAUAAAAAAUUUCUAGGCAUGGGCCAGUUUUGAAAAGCUGCUGAGCAUUUGUGUGUGAUAAAGUUACUACGGUAACCCUUUGGGAAGUAUUGACGUAUUGACUCGGGAUGGGUCUUUCUAAGACACCAUGUACCUUAUUUUUUUACUUUCAUUUUACAUCUGAAGUGAAUGGAAUAUUGUAUAGAUUUGCACUAGAUUUGUGAUGAAGUGCAUCCAUCUUUAUUUCUUGUUAAGCACUUUUGCUUCCUACUCAAUCAUUCUUCCUACUCUGGAAAGUAACUAUUGUUACUUCAGAGAACAGCAUGUUUGACUCAUAUUUUCAUCACAUUAUUGUAGGUUCAGAUAUUUCUGUGUUUUUGAUUCUGUUAUGUUCUUGUCCAUUCUGUUGUUGAAUGACAUGUCUUAAUACAGCCAAUUUUCAUUUGUUUGGUGUAUUUGUGUUCUGCAGUUUAUAAACUUACUUUAUGUAGUAUAAUCUACCAGUGUAUCUCGUUGCAAACUCUUUUUGUAAUUAUUGUUUAUGAAGCUCCCUUUGAGAACUCCAACCAGAUACGGACCAUGCUUGUACUUAUACUGUGGUGAUGAGGUGUGAUACGUUGUGAUUUCAUCUAUAAACUUCAACUUGUUUAAAUUUUCUGAUUAUGAGAUUUGAUUUUGUGUUUUUAGGGGACGGCGGCGGCGUGUCUCCCUUUUUGUGUUAGGUAUUAUGUGUUACUUAUUCACUGUAAGUGCUUAACCUGAACAUAUUGUAAAACCAAGCUUCGUAUAUGGUGUUGCGCAAGCCUGCCUAUUAUGCUUGUGAGAGUUGCUCACUGUCAAUUAUUUUGCUAUGCAGGAUAUACAUCAUCCAUGUGCCUUAGUAUCAACUGUUGUGUGGUAACAAUCGGUUCCUCUACAUGCUCUUAAUUUCAAAAACAAAUUCAGUACUUAAAAUGGGCUUUGUACUGCAUGCAAAUGUCUCUUAAAGCAGAAUUUUGCUCACCGUCGUUUUGACAUACACUGUUAUGAUCCUUCGUCCGAAUUUGUUGAGUUACCUGAGAUGAAUUAUAUUUUAGAUGUUGGUUAUUGAUAGUUGCAGUGGGAAUACCAAUGACCUUUCUAUUACAUUGCUCAUUCAUAUUCCAAGUAAGGCUACUUUGCUGCUAUGUAUAAGUAAACUUUAUGAUUUCUUGUUGAUAAUUUAAUCAUUUUUGUUUGAUCAGUGAAAAUUUUAUUUUAUAUAACAGAUUGUGUCUGAGCAACAAAGGCUGUGACAUAGCUGCUGAUUAUUUCUGGUUUGCUGUUAUGCAGUGAAUGCAGAAAACAACAUGCUCUUUGUCAUUUUUUACUUGACCUUUUGUUGUGACUUUACUUUAAUAUUUUCUGUGUACAAAUUAAAGGAAGAAUUUCUUCCUGAUGCAUAUAUAUAUAUUGCUGUUCUGGAAAGAUUCAAGGUUUGCAAAUCUCAUCUGCAUUACCAAAUCUUCUGCUUCUCCAGAAACAGGUGCACCAAAGUGACCACAAUAUUAUGAACAAAUGUAAGCUAUUUCAUAAGGUUUUCAAGGGGUAUGGUGUAUGUUAAUUUGCAUCUCCUCUUCUUUUUAAAUAUCGUUUAUGGUUAAGUUAAUUUUACUCAUGCAUAUAAUUUGCAAGCAAAACUACAACUGGUGACUUGAUUUGGUAGUUGAUUAUAUCUAUUUACAUGUUAUCACUAUCUAUAUAAUCAAGGCAGUUUGUGUAAUGUUAAAUGUGAUGCAAUAUAACUACAGCUUCUGAACUAUAAUGCAAUGAAAGUUAACCUGAAUCGUAGGAACGAACUCUGUGGUUAAAUGUUUUUAUUUAGACGGUCUUAGGCGACCUGGUGAUCUUGAUUCACAUAUUAUGUCACUGUUUCUUGGUAGUUUUUUUUUUCUCAUGUAUCUAGUUUUGCUUGUAGCUCUUUAUAUUACUUGAAAAUAAAAAGGUUUAUAGAUUUGUUAUAGUAUGUAGUAAUGUGGAUAGUUCUAUCUUUAUGCUUGUUUUCAUGGUUGUGCAUAUGUGCCAGUCAUACUUUAAAUUUUUUUUUUCAAUGUGGGUAAUGAUUCUCUUCACAUUAGUGGCUUUCUAAAAAUUUCAGAGUGUGUAGGUUGCUGGUAGAGAACUUAAUUAUUAUCAUUGCCACUGCAAAGGAUCUUUCCUUCAUUCGGCUAAUACCACGACUUGGAUAUUGUUGAUCUAUUUUCUUUAGGACUCCUUCUGUAAUGUCAAAUUUGCAUCUUCUAAUCUUUGUUCUAGUCAUGGCUUUGAUUGUACUAUCUUUACUGGUUGCUUCUGAUCAGCAUGUGUUUUCUUUCAAAAGUGCAGAGUUAUUCGCAGUUUCACAGAAUUUUUAAGUUUAUAUGCCUAAAUAGGUUAUUGUUAAUGUUUUUAAAUUGAAACUUCAUUGUAGUAGUAGUCCCCCAAUAUUCUACAGAACUCAUUUUUAAAUACCAGUUGAUGUGUUCAAAGGCGUUUAUAGCUGUAGAGUUUUCUGAACAAUGUAAUGACUGAAUAUGCCGACAGAUGCAGCACUCUUUGGCUUUCUUCUCUCAGUUCUCUCUCUUUCUCAAUUUUCUCUCUUUCUCUUUUCUAAUAUAAUAUGUUUGAUAAACAUUCUUUCUCCCUUUACAUCAGGUGUAGGAAAUGCAAUGUUAGAACCAACAUUUUCUGUGUGUGUAGAAAAUUCAUAAAUAUGUUAAGACCAAUUAUUUUAUCCCUGCAAAUACGUAUAUUGUUUGAAUAGCACUGGAGCUUGGCCCCAAAAUAUGUGUGCUUUGCUUCAUUUGUAAUUUUAAAUUUCUUUAUUAAAAUCUUAAGUGUAGUAUGAAAAAGAUAUUGAGAUGUAGCCAGCUUGGUUUUAGAGUUCCUCAGAACUCUACUGGAUGUAAGUCAAUGAUUUAAACAUCAGAACAAGUAUGCCUUUCAUAAAUUUCGUUAUCUUUAGUUCACGUGUACUGUUCUUAGACUGUACUUAUUUUAAACGCCUGUGUUUUUUGUUUAGUUUUUUUUUUAAUUUGAUAUGGUACAGCUCAGGAUGUUGUCGGUGGACUGCAUGCCUAGUCCUGCAAGAAGUCUGAUACAAUUGACAUCUGUGAUGCUUUGGGAUAAAAUGCCUUGAACUUGGUAAGACUGAUUUCAGAUUUUUGUAAGAAGGAACUAAGACUUGAAAGGUGUGGGGUUAAACAAUUUGUAAGAGAAUCUAGGCAGUAAAAGACAGAAAUGGCAUAGGUUUUGUGACAGUACAUCGUUACUAUUUGCCUUGGGGAAGGAAGUAAUUUUGAAGGAAUUGAAUUGGCUUGAAAGGAUUGUGAUAAGAAUUUCUUGAUAUGUUUUUUUUUGUACGUUUUAUUUGGCAUCACUGUAGGCCAGUUGAAUACCAUCACCUGGUGAUAGAUGGUACUGAGCUGGUUUUUGCAGUACUCGUAUAUGUGGAAUAAAGGUACUACAAAAUUA